UGUGUGCAUGUGAAUAUUUGUGAUCACGCAUACCGUAUGUAAUGCUGUAUUGGAGAUAAAGUGUAGUGCUCUCUGUAUGAUAUCUUUUGUACCCGGGUAUAUUAAUGUUUUCUUAUUAAGCCUGUGGUACAGCGACGUGUCAGAGUUGUUGGUAGUACUAGUACUGAGAUAGCAUUAGUAUUUAGUAAUAGUGAUACUGUAAUGGCGAUAGCGGGAUUCGAAGUUGGUUGCGUGGAACCUGCGCUUGCCUAUGGGGAGUGGUCGAUUCGUGACGCAUAGUCAUAUACACGUCGUAUCAUUUAGUCAUAAUCGGCUACCGAAUUGUACCCUGAAUUUUGUUAAGGUGUACAGGUUUCAUCGGUUGACUGACCCGUGUGUGUUUCGAAAUUCGUUUUUUUGAUUUUUGUACAUAGUUUCGGUAUACGUAAAUUUUUAUUUAGUUUUUAGUUUUUCCUUUCUGAUUUUUUUUUCUACGUAAACGUGAAUUUUUUCGUAUUUUUUUCUAAAAAAAAAAAAAUUGUUCAUUUUUUUCCUAAACGCUAUGUGUUUUUGUUAAACAAAUUUUUCCGUGUUAUUUGUGUAUAUGCGGCAAAUACUCCACGAAGCCGGUAGACUUAUGUGUUUUGAAUCAUUUUUUUUCCAAUCGUUGAGUGAUUUUUUUCAUCAAAAACGGAGCUUCUUAUAAAAAAAGGUCUUGUAAAAUUUAGUCAAAUACAACAAAUUUGUUCCUGAAGACUGUUUCGAAAAUAUUUAUAAUGACUACCAAUUACGCUCCUAAUGCGACCGGAUUGAUUGCAAACCCACAAUAUAGAGGUACCUGGAGUGCAAACGUAGCCAGCGUCCCUAUUGCCGCUGCCGCAGCCGCCGCCGCCGCUGCCAAUCAUUCUUUUAACGUUAAUCCUCAUCUUAGAUACGCUUCGUUUACCGGUUUAACUCCAUAUCCAACUGCGUAUACCACAGCGCAUCCUGUCCAAAGAGUGAACUCGGCAACUUCACCAGCUAAUACCAAUAGCAGUUCUAGUUCUCAAGGUGGAGCGAUGUCCACGUCUCAUAAUACCAAUGCAAAUUCAUCUUGCGCCAGUGCCAACGGUGGUGGAUCUACCAGCGGCGCUAGUGGGAACACCAACGGUGGAUCCGGAGGUUCCAAAAAUGGCGGUGACAACGAAUUAUCCAAAACCAAUUUAUACAUUCGAGGAUUAGGCCAAAAUACCACUGAUAAAGAUCUUAUCAACAUGUGUUCUCAAUAUGGAAAUAUUACUUCAACAAAAGCGAUUAUGGAUAAAACUACGAAUAAAUGUCGAGGUUAUGGAUUUGUUGAUUUUGAAAACGACGUUUGUGCAGAAAAUGCCGUUAAAGGCUUACAAGCCAAGGGAAUUCAAGCGCAGAUGGCUAAAGUUGGCAUUUCUUCGAUAAUUCGCCGAACAACCAAUCAUCAAGAACAAGAUCCUACUAAUUUGUAUUUUGCCAAUCUUCCUUUAAAUUUCAAAGAAAAUGACUUAGAAAAUAUGCUAGCAAAAUAUGGAACUGUGAUUUCUACUCGUGUAUUAAGGGAUGAAGUUAAUAUGAGUAAAGGCGUAGGUUUCGCUAGAAUGGAAACAAAAGAUAAAUGCGAAAAGAUUAUCCAGAGUCUGAACGGAACGCAUCUCUCGGGCGCAAAAGAACCGUUAUUAAUAAAAUUUGCCGAUGGAGGACCAAAAAGACGUUUGCAUAAAAAUGAUGGAGGUCAUGUAACCUAUGAUACGAGCGGUUUUCAACAAAAUGGAAUCACUACGACGCCGAUUCUACCAGCUACGGCCAUCACUCCUUAUACUCGUCAUUACAAUACCGCACAACCAAUCGCCGGGUACUCUGUACCAGCACAAUGGGUACCGCAAUAUAUCGUUCAACCAGCACCACACAUGACACAAAUGGAUGUGGUUCCGCAAGCGGAUCCUAAUGCCGUUACUUAUAGUUCAAUGAUUCCACAAUUAGCUGCUCAUGUUUCUACUAUACAACUGGGUACACCAGGAUCUUAUAUAGCCGCUAGUCCUCAUCCUAACACGUAUCCGUACUGCGCUGCGACCCCGAGUAUCAUUCAUACUGUUCCAAUUGCUGCGUCAGAGGAACACCCACCAAAUGCGGUUUCUCCGGAAGAUUAUCAGCAAUUUCCUCUCAAGUGGUAUUAUCCAGAUACCCGCUACUAUAACGGCAUAAAUGGUAUUCAGAUGGAUUUCAAUGUUAUAUAACUUUUUUUUUUAUUACAAAAUUUUUUUGUUUGCUGCGUAAAACGAGAUAAUUGUUUAGCUGUUUUGCUGAUAUUUGUUUGUCGUCUUUCUAGACUGAUUGUUGUUAAUUUGUAAGUUCGCUUCUAUAGCUAGAUUUAUGGAAUAAAUUUAAAAAAUUGAUAAUUUCGUUAUGUUAUCGAAAAAAAAUGUGAGAAACAAGCCACGAAAUUGUUUUUAAGGCAUUCGUUAGUAAAUCAAAAUUAAAUAGUAGAUCUAUAAUUGAAAAAGUGAGAUUCACGAACAGAACGUAAUGUUUUUUUUUUUGUUCAUUUUCCUUUUUUUCAAAUCUUAUUUUAAGCGUGUGAAUUUUUACUAUUGAAAAAUUUGCGUAUUUUGUUUUCUGUUUGAGAUGAAGAACGCGAAGUCAGACUGUUUAUGCGUAUUUAAUUAAAUGUGUAUAUUAUAGUGUUUUCGUUUUCGUGACAGUGUGUUUUUCGAACGAAAAAGUAUAAUUUUUCACUCUGAAUAAAAUUCAUUAUUUGGCUUGUGUUUUUUUAGAAUUUUUAAGUUCGAAUUCGGAUCAUGCUUUAUUGUAAUUUACGUAUUUUUUAAUUUAUAAUUAUGUUAAAAAAUGUUUUAAGGAUAAAUCGUUAUUGAAUUUUUUUAACGACGUCUUUAUUUUAAGGUUAAUUUAAUGUUACUCGGUUCGCAAAGUUUAAUUUUCAGAAAUCGAUUUUUUGUCGUGGACGAUUUUUUCAAUUUUCGAUUGCGAAAAUUUUUCAAGUUGUACCUAUCCUAAUUCUUUUUUGUUUUGUUUUCUUUUUCUUUUUUAUCUUCUAUGUAAAUCAACGAGUGAUUACAGAGAGCUAAUCAGACGCAUUUUCCAUUUACCGUCUCGUUACCAUCGCUGAUCAUUUUGUUUAUUUAUUAUUUAUUUAUUUUUUUUAUUCGCUCGUUAAACGAUAGACUAAUUUUACAAAAUUUUGUAGUUGCGAUUUUGAUUUUGAUUCUUUUUAAAAAGUUUGAAUAAAGCCUCUGAAUUUUGUUUUGGGCUUCACGGUUUGCGUUAUCCGGAUUGAGAUAACGACUUGAAACAUGAUACCUAUGUUUUUGGAUCCGCAUAUCCAGAUUUUUUUCAUUUCGUGAAUUAGAAAAAAGAAUGAUGAAAAAUCUGUGUAACAUAUGAAAUAACCAUUCCAUGUUACUUUAGUAAUAUUUGUUUUCGUUGUAACGAUUUGUGCUGUUCAUUUUGAAUUUCUUUUCUUUUUCUUUUGUAAAGCAAAUAGAUCUAACGUUUUGCCUAUUUUGAUGUGUAGAUUGUUAAGGUGUGUUGAGUCGAUAUUAGUGUACUACGUUCGGUAGUAUGAAAGAACGUCGUUUGUUUGUUUAUUUUUGUGUAUGUUUUUGAAUACUUAAUUGUGAUUGGAAAAUUAUUUCCUGGUGUAUUUAUCAAGUUAAUGGAUUAAAAAAAUGUGCGUAGUAAUUAAUAAAGCAUCAUUGUCAAGUAAAUGUUGAAAGGUGUCGUGCUAGGUAGGAAUUUUGCUUAAGGCUUCCAACGAGCAUCCGAAUAAAUUCAACUCACCGUUGAGAAAUUUAUAGAAUGUCGUGUAAAAAUAUAUUGUAAGUCGCCUACUUGGGUAAUUCUGAAUUUUUUUUUAGUUAAGUGCAAAAGUAUAUUUACUUUCGUGUUUUUUCUUGUCUUUGUUUUUUUUUCUGUCUUUUUUUUUUUUUUUUGAAAAACGAUAAUAAAUGGUGGAAAAUACGUUAUUGUGUAUCGUAAUUGAAUUUCCACCGAUAGUCUUCGUUGAUAACUCUUUAUUGAUUCUAUUCUUUAUCAUAACGAGGUGAGCGUUGUUUUUGAUUUAAACUAUUGAUUGCCACUGAUUCUCUGAAAUGUAAGAAUUAUUUAAUAUUCUACUGUUGAACUGAUAUUGUUUAGACUGCAUUUUUUUAAAUUAAAAAAAUGAUGAAUUUUUAUCUAAUAUAAUUUUGUUUUGUUU